AUGGAACUUCAUUUCCUAGUAUUUAAAGCAUGUGAUGAAGAAAACAAAGGCUAUCUAAGCAGAGAGGACUUUAAAGUUGCUGUUGUAAUGCUGUUUGGGUAUAAGCCCUCCAAGAUAGAAGCGGAUUCUGUGAUGUCUUCAAUAAAUCAGAAUACUUCUGGUAUAUUCCUUGGGGACUUUUUAAAUGUUGCAAGGAAAAAGAAGGAAACACAACUGUAUUGGAGUGAAAUCAGACACAUCUUCACAGCAUUUGACAGGCACUGUCGUGGAUUUUUAACUUUGGAAGAUUUCAAGAAAGCAUUUAAGCAGGUGGCACCCAAAUUACCAGAGAGGAUUAUUCUUGAAGUAUUCAGGGAAGUAGAUCAAGACUCGGAUGGUCAUGUCAGCUUUAAAGACUUUGAAUAUGCCAUGAACUGUGGACGAAAGGAAGCCUAA